AUGUCUGGAAGGGCUAGAGGUGGGCUGGAGCGGGGUGGCGUCCUGAGCCUCACUGCUGUCUCCUCUGCCCCGCAGGAGAAUGGCCAUGUGAAAAGCAAUGGAGACUUAUCCCCCAAGGGUGAAGGGGAGUCGCCCCCUGUGAACGGAACAGAGGAGGCAGCCGGGGCCACUGGUGAUGCCAUUGAGCCAGCACCCGCUAGCCAGGGAGCUGAGGCCAAGGGGGAGGUACCCCCCAAGGAGACCCCCAAGAAGAAGAAGAAAUUCUCUUUCAAGAAGCCUUUCAAAUUGAGUGGCCUCUCCUUCAAGAGAAAUCGCAAGGAGGGUGGGGGUGAAUCGUCUGCCUCCUCACCCACAGAGGAAGAGCAGGAGCAGGGGGAGAUCGGUGCCUGCAGCGAGGAAGGCACUGCCCAGGAAGGGAAGUGGCACCUGGGCUAG